AUCAAUUCCGCCUGCGCACCCAGCCCGUCACCGACCACUCCAAUUGAGCUAGCCUGGCGUCACGCUCCCAUCCUCCAGAUCAAUACCGUCAACCACAAUGCCUGCCAGCACCUGCCCCUCACAGUGGCUUCUAUGCGCUUCAUUGCCCUCCUUCCAAAGCCAAGGCUGUAGUCCAGCGUCUCUGACAUCUCACCAAAGACCUUAUCUGCCCCAUCUGCCAGCCUUCCUGCCGCCAAAGUUCACGCCAUCAGGCUCUCUAUGUCAACUACCGCCCGUGCUCUCCACUUGUGAGCUCUUUCCCUCAUGCCCCAGGAGGCGCCGCCGUUCUUCUCGGCGAUCGCGGAGCCGUAGAUUUUCCCCGAGCCUCGCGGGCGUCAUUGAGGACAGCGAGGAGGAGGAAGACUUCGCAAGAGAGGCUGGCCUUUCAUCGGGUAGAGGAAGCGAUUCGAGCUGCACCAGCUCGACAGAGAGCUUCCCUCUGAGGCGACAGGAUUCGCCGGGCGCUUGAGCUUGGUCUCACCCCAACAACCAACAAAGUUCGAUGUGUUGGUACAGAUGUCGUUAAUCGCAAAGCAUACACGUCGGUGGGAAACCCUCUGGCUCCCUCUAUCUACAUAUUUACCCCUAAUACUUCAGCCGUGUUGAGUAGUCCUUUGGACUGACUACGAGACCUCGACCUUUUGAUGC